UAAACCUUGAACGAUGUCUUUCUUCAAAUCCUAUGGAAAAGUUAAUGAACAUGAGCAAAUGAUGCUUGAAUCAAAAAGGAAAACAAGAAAGAGAAUCACAAUCAUAAGCUUAUCUUCAAUAACCUUUGUUGGUAUUGUAAUUGCAGCUGUAUUUGGAGUUGUUAACAACAACACAAAAAAUGAUCAUGACAAUGACAAUGCUCCUCAAAAUUAUGUCACUAAUUCUAUGAAAGCUGUUUGUGACGUAACAUUGUACAAGGAUUCAUGUUAUAGUAGUCUUGGUUCAAUUGUGAACUCGAGAAAAGAUGUUCAACCCGAAGAAUUGUUCAAAAUUUCAAUGAAUGUGGCAUUAACUCAUGUAUCCAAAGCUGUUGAGUAUUUUAAUGAGCAUGGUGCUUUCAAAAAAUUGAUUGAUGAUAGUAGGACUAAAGAAGCUUUGAAAAAUUGUGGGGAUCUUUUGGGCCUUGCUGUUGAUCAUCUCAAUAAUUCAUUGACUACUUAUGGGGAAAAUUCUUCACUUCUUCAAGUUUUUGAUGAUCUUCAAACAUGGUUAAGUGCUGCAGGUACAUACCAACAAACAUGCAUUGAAGGUUUUGAGGAUACAAAACAAGAAUUUAAGACAAGUGUAACAAACUAUCUAAAAAAUUCAACAGAGUACACAAGCAAUAGUCUUGCCAUCAUUACAUGGAUUAACAAAGCUACAAACACUCUCAAUUUAAGGCGCUUACUAAGUUUACAUCAACAUAAUAAAUUACCAAAAUGGCUUCAUUCAAAAGAUAGGAAACUUCUUGGAACACAAGAUUUGAGAUCAAAAGCUAACAUUGUUGUUGCAAAAGAUGGAAGUGGGAAAUAUAAAACUAUAUCUGAGGCACUUAAACAUGUUCCUAAUAAGAGUAAGAAGAGGACUUUGAUUUAUGUGAAGAAAGGGAUUUACUAUGAAAAUGUUAGAGUUGAGAAGACAAAAUGGAAUGUGAUGAUUAUUGGCGAUGGUAUGAGUGCUUCAAUUGUUUCUGGUAGACUUAACUUUGUGGAUGGCACACCAACAUUUUCAAGUGCAACAUUUGCGGUGUUUGGAAAGAACUUCAUAGCAAAAGACAUGGGUUUCCGCAACACAGCCGGUCCACAGAAGCACCAAGCAGUGGCACUAAUGACAAGUGCAGAUCAAGCAGUUUACUAUAAAUGUUACAUUGAUGGAUAUCAAGACACUCUUUAUGUUCAUUCGAAUCGUCAAUUUUAUAGAGAAUGCAAUAUCUAUGGAACAGUCGAUUUCAUUUUCGGAAAUUCCGCAGUUGUGAUACAAAACUGCAAUAUUUUGCCAAAGUUACCUAUACAUGGACAACAGAACACAAUCACAGCACAAGGAAAAACUGAUCCUAACAUGAACACAGGUAUCUCAAUUCAAUCCUGCAACAUUUCGCCUUAUGGAAACUUGAGUGGUGUUCAAACAUAUCUUGGAAGACCAUGGAAGAAUUACUCAACAACAGUUUACAUGAGAUCAAGAAUGGAAAGUUUUAUUAAUCCAAAUGGUUGGUUACCUUGGAUAGGAAAUUCAGCACCAAACACAAUUUUUUAUGCAGAAUUUCAAAAUGUUGGAUUAGGUGCAUCAACAAAGAAUAGAGUGAAGUGGAAGGGUGUGAAAAGUAUUACUAGUAAACAAGCUAGUAAGUUUUCAGUUAAGGCUUUUCUUCAAGGAGAUAAAUGGAUUCCUGCAUCAGGUGCACCUUUUAAGUCUGAUAUUUGACAGCAGCCAUAAGAUGCAAAAAGCUCCUUUUGUUAGAAAUGUCAUCACAUUUUUUGUUAUAUUUUUCUCAUUUUCCAUUAUUUUACUUUGCAUUAUUAAUU